AUGGCAGCUGUUGCCUCUUCCUCACCACGAACGGGAGAAUUUGGCUUCCAUAAGCAAGCAGGUGCUCAAGAUGGCAUCUUACCUUUACACUAUCAUGCAGGAGGCUCAGAGCCGGUAAACGCAUCGAAUGAAGAUGGAGGCGCUCCAUUGGAUGGCUUUCCUGCAGAUGAAGAGCUUCCAGAGCCAAUCUGUGGAGGAUGCAAAAAGAUGAUCGAUGAGGAAUCUGCAGAUGCUGGUGUCAUUCAUUUUGCUACUCAACUAUGGCAUGUUGAUUGUUUCCGAUGUGCGAAAUGCAAGAAUCCGGUCACCACUGAUCGAGACGAUAUCCUGCUUUUGUCAGAUGGACAUCCGAUUUGUGGUCAAUGCAAUUACUCUUGUCAGAUAUGCAAUCUACCAAUCAUGGAAGAAGCUAUCAUGACAGGUGACGAAUCGUAUCAUGCUUCUUGUUUCGUUUGUCGGUCUUGUCGAACACCGAUUGCAGAAUUGGUAUUUGCCAAAACAAGUCAAGGUAUCUAUUGCAUGAAAUGUCACAAUCAAAGAGUUGCAAGAAGUAGACGACAUGCGGAAAAGAAACGAGCAGCGGCGGCAUUAGCAGCUGCAGGAGGUUCUGGUACCAGUAAUGCAAGCAUCACAGGCACACCUGAUCUCAACAAGACACCAACCACUCCUAGCGGCCAGCCACGUUUGCCUCCCAAGGAUGAUGCUACAUCUUCAACAUCCAAUGCAGCUGCCAAUCUCAGUCCUUACAUGCAAAGUAGUUCUUCUACCAAUCUGGGCAGACCUAGCUCGGCUGGAAAUGGAUCAAAAAGACCUGUAAAUGCACCUACGCCAUCUGCUCAACGCACCACCGAACGUCGACGUGAUGGGCCUGGCAGACCUUCUACUGCUGAGCCAUUCUCGAACGACUUGACUGCAAGUGUUGGCUCAUCCUCAGGUAUCUCACCUAGAAUGAAUGCACAGAAGCUUGCUCAACAAUCUACUUUGGCCAAAUUAGAAGGCAACAAGCCCGAUUCAGCGUCACCGCUUCUGGCAAGUGCGUUCGAACAAGCGGCUUCGACUGAAAAGCUGAAACAAUUGGCCGAACGAAACAAGGCAAGCGGAGAUGCAGAUGCUAGCAAGGGAAGCGACUCUCACGCCUCUGAAAAAGAUCAAAGCUCGCUAAAUGGGUCGCGCAAUCAUGCUCAUGACAGUCUGGAUCGCAGUUCUCCAAAGAGCGGAUUGUUGUCGGUAAAUCAACAAUCAACGGCUGAUUCGGUUGACGGGAAAAUACCAAAGUCAACAUCAAAGGAUUCUAGGCUGUCAAGAGCGUUUAGCUUCUAUGAUCCUGAUAUAAUUGGAUUGAUGGAUUCUUUCGGUAAAUUUGACAGCUAUGAAGAUUUCAGUUUAGAUAACGACCCGACAACGGGAAAAUCAAACGCAAAUCGUAAGCUUGAAGAACCUGCAUCUGAUUCACAUUCGAACACACCUGAUUUGAAUGAUAAGGCUAUGCAAAAUGCACACGACGCACAGAAAGGUGAUACAAAGAAGUCAAAAGAGGCCAAAGAGGAUCCCUCAUCAUCGCUGUCAAAAUUGUCUGAGACCAUGCGUAAAUCCAUUCAAAAAGCACAUGACGGUCAAGUCAAUAUGGACACUAACGUGGUGGAGAACAUGUUAGAUGAAUUAGAGGCCACUCGGGAUCGAAUGAAAACACUUCAGCGCAAGUAUGAGCGUAUUAGAAGGGCCAGUCAACAAGCUGCACAAGGCUUUUCGUCAGCACGAGAGGAAUACGAGCAUGAAGUGCAGGCAAGGUAUGAUGCAGAAGCUGAGAUGUUGAACUUGAAACGUCAACUACAUCUACAAGCUACCAAAUUGGCUGGCGUUGCGACAGAAAAGGACAAGCAUGAGACUUUGCAACGAAAGAACACCGAAGUGAAGACCUCGAUAAAGAGUAUGGAGAAAGACCUGGCCAAAUUGCAAGCCGAACGGGAUCUUGCAUUAGCUGAGAUCGAUACACUGCACAGCGUUGGAAAACAAGCACCUUCCAAUAGUAGUCAAGAAGAGACUGCUAAGCGUGAUUUGGUCGCACGCUUUGAAGGUAUCAAAGAAAAGUAUCGUCGUGAAAUUGACGGUCUAUCAGCCGAGCGUGAUGCUCUGUUGAUUGAGAUUGAAGAACUUCGACAAUCCAGAGACGUAUUUGCCGAUGAAACGACAGCAUUGAACGCCAAGAAUGAAGAACUGAAUGGUACACUUGCAUUACUGCAAAGACGUGUCGAACAUGCGCAAGUUUCAGACCAAACGGGAUCUUCUCAACCGGCUUCGAUGCCCUCUACUGCUCGUGCAGUUCAUGGUGGAUUCGGAUUUGGAUUCGGCGGUGCCAAGAAUGGCAAGGGAUCCGUCAGUGCGAAUGCCACCCCGACGAUCUCAGAUUCAAUGAUGACAAGCCAACAAGCAGGUUUUAUACCAGAUACCACAGAACAUUAUGCUAUCUCUGCGCCUAUUCCAGUAACAAAGGUCGAAGCUGCUCCAAGAAAGUUCAAAUGGAUGAAAGCACCCAAAUUAACAACGGAUUCAGCGCGAAGUGCCGGUCAACAUAUUGUUGCUGCCUUACCCGGUGUUUCACCACCGGUUCCUCCAAAGAGUGCAAAUGCAUCUUCUUCCUUUGGCAUGCAACAGCAGCAACACAAAGAUCAAUCAAGCGAUGCACAAUCGCACAACGGAUCGGGCGAGAUUGUUGUGAAAGAGCAUCUUUUCCAACCUUUCAACGUCUUGCGUCCAAUCAGAUGCUUCGCAUGCCAGAAGAAUAUGUGGGGUCAAUCAGAAUUGAAGUGUCAAUUUUGUGGACAGGCCUGCCAUGUUCGCUGUUUGCAAAACCUACCGAUCUCUUGCAAUCAACCUUUCUCGCGAUCUGAUGAAGCUAGUGCAGAUUCGCAGGGUCCUCCUGUAUUUGGACGUAAGUUGAGCGACCAUUUACAAGAAGCUGAUGGAGGCUCAAGAAGGGUUCCUCUUGUUGUGGAAAAAUGCGUAGAAGCUGUUGAGCUUCAAGGAAUGGAUUAUGAAGGAAUUUAUCGUAAAUCGGGUGGAACGUCUCAAUUAAAGAUUAUUCAACAAUUAUUCGAAAAAGGACAACAAUUCAACUUGAACGAUCAAGACCGUUUCAAUGACAUAAGUGCAAUCACCUCAGUUUUGAAGAAUUAUUUCCGUGAAUUACCCGAACCGCUUUUGACGUUUGAAUUGCACGAAAGAUUUAUCGAAUGUGUUGAAUCAAAGAAUAAGGAUCAAGCCCAAAAACGUUCAACGAUGCGCGAUUUGGUUCAUCUUUUGCCCACAGAACAUUUUGAUACGUUGCACUUCUUGAUCGAUCAUUUGUAUCGAGUUCGAUUACGCGCAGAUGAUAAUCGGAUGAGCAGUAGGAACUUGGGUGUCGUUUUCGGUCCAACAUUGAUGCGUUCUCAUGAUCCCGCUCAAGAAUUUGCACAUAUGGGCGGAAAGGCGAUGACGAUCGAAUUUAUGAUUGACAAUUCCGACCUUUUUGAUUGA